UCCGUGUAUCACACUGGUUCCUGGGUUUGAGGUGGAGGUUUAGCUGAGAGGUUAUUUUGUUUCUUUAAUUCUCUUUUGGACCAUUGUCUGUGUUUUUAUUUCUUCUGUUGGCUCCUGAUGAUCAGGUGUGAAGUCUGCUAUGGAUCAGUAUGAGGACACAGAGAAGGGACCCCCGAAAACCGGUCUGUGUGGGGACCAUGAGCUCCAGAUUAAAGACCAAAGACCACAUCAGGACACAGCGCCCUCUGCUGCACCUGAGCCUGAACUCAGCUUGGUUUCUCUGAAGAGUGACAGGUCUCUGAGACUUUUGAUUCGUUUUAAAGGACCACGACUGUCUGCUGGAAAGAAACCGCAUCAGGACACAGCGCCCUCUGCUGGACCUGAGCCUGAACCCAGCUUGGUGUCCCUGAAGAGUGACAGGUCUCUGAGACUUUUGAUUCAUUUUAAAGGACCACGACCGUCUGCUGGAAAGAAACCACAUCAGGACACAGCGCCCUCUGCUGCACCUGAGCCUGAACUCAGCUUGGUUUCUCUGAAGAGUGACAGGUCUCUGAGACUUUUGAUUCGUUUUAAAGGACCACGACUGUCUGCUGGAAAGAAACCGCAUCAGGACACAGCGCCCUCUGCUGGACCUGAGCCUGAACCCAGCUUGGUGUCCCUGAAGAGUGACAGGUCUCUGAGACUUUUGAUUCAUUUUAAAGGACCACGACCGUCUGCUGGAAAGAAACCACAGCAGGACACAGCGCCCCCUGCUGGACAUGAACCCAGCUUGAUGAAUGACAGGCCUGUGGGACAUUUGAUUAAUUUCAAAGGAGAACGAGCGUCUGCUGGAAAGAAAGUGAAGCAGCAGAGCUCAGAGGUUCUCGGGGUUCCAUCUGCUCAGCAGCAUCAAACACGCCUGAACCACAAGUUUAUGAAUUUCCAGGAGAACAUGUUGGAAUUUGUUAAUAAUGAGCUGAAUAGGAUCCAGAAGGUUCUCCUGCUAAAUGAUGCAGAAUACUUGGAGUGUCAGAGUGAGGAUGAAGAGCAGAGGAGCAGCAGAUUGGUUUUCCUGGACCUCACAGUGACCUUAAUGAGAAGGAUGAAUUAUGAGGAGCUGGCUGACUGUCUGCAGAGCAGGACUCAUGCUGAAGUUUGUCGUGGUAAAUUCAAAUCUGACAUUAAGCAGAAGUUUGAGCGUGUGUUUGAGGGGAUCGCUGAAGCAGGAAAGACAACUCUUCUUAAGGAUAUCUACACAGAGCUCUACAUCACAGAGGGCGGGGCUUCAGAGGUCAACCAGGAACAUGAGGUCAGACAGACUGAAGUGGCAUCCAGGAAAACAGACACACAAAGAACAAUCACAUGUGAAGACAUCUUUAAAGCUUCAGCUGACACACAGCCACCAAUCAGAACAGUGCUGACAAAUGGCGUGGCCGGCAUUGGGAAAACAGUCUUAACACAGAAGUGGACUCUGGACUGGGCUGAAGGACAAACCAACCAGGACUUCCACUUCAUAUUUCCAUUCACUUUCAGAGAGCUGAAUGUGCUGAAAGAGAAGAAGUUCAGCUUGGUGGAACUUGUUCAUCACUUCUUUCCUGAAAUCAAAGAAGCAGGAAUCUGCAGCUUCCAGCACUUCCAGGUCUUGAUCAUCUUGGAUGGUCUGGAUGAGUGUCACCUCCCUCUGGACUUCCACAGCAAUGACAUCCUGACUGAUGCCACAGAGUCGAGCUCAGUGGAUGUUCUGCUGACAAACCUCAUCAGGAGGAACCUGUUUCCCUCUGCUCGCCUCUGGAUCACCACACGACCUGCAGCAGCCAGUCAGAUCCCUCCUGAGUGUGUGGACAUGGUGACAGAGGUCAGAGGCUUCACUGACCCUCAGAAGGAGGAGUACUUCAGGAAGAGAUUCAGAGAUGAGGAGCAGUCCAGAAGAAUCAUCUCCCACGUGAAGAAAUCACGAAGCCUCCACAUCAUGUGUCACAUCCCAGUCUUCUGCUGGAUCACUGCUACAGUGCUGGAGGACAUGUUGGACACCAGAGGAACACAAGAGCUGCCAGAGACCCUGACUGAGAUUUACAUCUACUACCUGGUGGUUCAGUCCAAAGUGGAGAAGGUCAAGUAUGAUGGAGGAGCUGAGACAGAUCCACUGUGGAAUCCAGAGAACAGGGAGAUGAUUGUGUCUCUGGGAAAACUGGCUUUUGAGCAGCUGCAGAAAGGGAACCUGAUCUUCUGUGAAGAGGACUUGACAGAGUGUGGCAUCAAUAUCAGAGCAGCCUCAGUGUACUCGGGAGUCUUCACACAGACCUUUAGAGAGGAGAGAGGACUCUACCAGCACAAGGUCUUUUGCUUCAUCCAUCUGAGUGUUCAGGAGUUUCUGGCUGCUCUUUAUGUCCAUCUGAACUUUAUCCAGUCUGGAGUCAAUCUGCUGUCUAAAGAACGAACAGCAUCCUGGUGGACUAUAAUAUUUAAACCUAAGAUAACACAUCUCCAUCAGAGUGCUGUGGAUGAAGCCUUACAGAGUCCAAAUGGACACCUGGACUUGUUCCUGCGCUUCCUUCUGGGUCUUUCCCUGGAGACCAAUCAAACUCUCCUACGGGGCCUGAUGACACAGACAGACAGAAUCUUAGAGAACAAUCAGAAAACAAUCGAGUACAUCAAGAAGAAACUUGAUGAGAAUCUGUCUGCAGAGAGAAACAUCAAUCUGAUCCACUGUCUGAAUGAACUAAAGGACUGUUCUCUAGUGGAUCAGAUCCUACAGUCCCUGAGCUCAGGAAAUCUGUCUGGAGAACGUCUGACUCCUUCUCAUUUAUCAGCUCUGAUCUUCAUCUUACUGUCAUCAGACCAACAUCUGGAUGUGUUUGACCUGAAGACAUACUCUGCUUCACACAAGGCUCUUCUGAGGCUGCUGCCAGUGAUCGAAGCAUCUCAAAAGGCAUUGUUAUCUGGCUGUCAUCUGUCACAGAGAGGCUGUGAAGUUCUGUCAGCAGUUCUCAGCUCUCAGUCCUCCAGUCUGACAGAACUGGACCUGAGUAACAACCAGCUGCAGGAUUCAGGAGUGGAGCUGCUGUCUGCUGGACUGGAGAGUCCACACUGUCACCUGGACACUCUCAGGUUAUCUGGAUGUAAUCUGUCAGAGAGAAGCUGUGAAGUUCUGUCUUCAGUUCUCAGCUCUCAGUACUCCAGUCUGACAGAACUGGACCUGAGUAAUAAUGUGUUGGAGGAUUCAGGAGUGGAGCUGCUGUCUGCUGGACUGGCGAGUCCACACUGUCAGCUGGAAAGUCUCAGGUUAUCUGGCUGUAAUCUGUCAGAGAGAAGCUGUGAAGUUCUGUCUUCAGUUCUCAGCUCUCAGUCCUCCAGUCUGACAGAACUGGACCUGAGUAACAACGAGUUGGAGGAUUCAGGAGUGGAGCUGCUGUCUGCUGGACUGGAGAGUCCACACUGUCAGCUGGAAACUCUCAGGUUAUUGGACUGUAAUCUGUCUGAGAGCAGCUGUGAAGUUCUGUCAUCAGUUCUCAGCUCUCAGUCUUCCAGUCUGACAGAACUGGACCUGAGUAACAACCAGCUGCAAGAUUCAGGAGUGAAGCUGCUGUCUGCUGGACUGGAGAGUCCAAACUGUCACCUGGACACUCUCAGGCUGUCAGGCUGUCUGAUCACACAUGAAGGCUGUGCUUCUCUGGCCUCAGCUCUGACCUCCAACCCCUUCCAUCUCAGAGAGCUGGACCUGAGCUACAACCAUCCAGGAGACUCAGUCAAGCUGCUGUCUGCUAGACUGAAAGAUCCAUGCUGGACUCUGGACUCUCUCAGGUUGGAUCCUGGUGGAGUCCGAUGGCUGAGACCAGGUCUGAGGAAGUAUUUCUGUGAACUGUCUCUGGAUCCAAACUCAGCGAACAGAAAACUCAAACUGUCCGACAACAACACAAAGGUGGAGCGUGUGGAUGAGGAUCAAUCAUAUCCUGAUCAUCCAGACAGAUUUGACUUUUGCUCUCAGGUCCUGAGUGCAGCUGGUCUGACUGGUCGCUGUUAUUGGGAGGUCGAGUGGAGAGGAACCGUUGAAAUAUCAGUGACUUUCAGAAGAAUCGGAAGGAAAGGAGACGGUGUGGACUGCGUGUUUGGACACAAUGAUCAGUCCUGGAGUCUGUAUUGCUCUGAUUCCUGUUACUCUGUCUGUCACAAUAACAGACAGACAGACUGUCCUCGCUUCUCGUUGUCCUCUCACAGAGUCUCAGUGUUUGUGGACUGUCCUGCUGGCACUCUGUCCUUCUAUGAAGUCUCCUCUGACUCUCUGAUCCACAUCCACACCUUCUGCUCCAUGUUCACUGAACCACUGUGUGCUGGGUUCGGGUUCUGGUCUGCUUCUGGUUCCUCAGUGUCUCUGUGUGAGCUGUAGGACAGAGACUCUCCUCCUCGAUCCCACACAUGAAUGUUUGGACAUUAAAUGUCCGGCUGUUUGAUUUUGAUGUCUCAGUCGUAAAUUCAGUGUGUAAACUAGCAUUAUUUUCACGACUGACAGUUUGUUUGUUGAAAGAAACAAACUAGGGCGCUGCACUUGUAGAGUACAAACCUCUGCCAAAUUUUUACCUUGUAAAAAUUUUUCAAAGUCAAAGUCCUGUUAAAAGUUUUCAUAAGCUAAAAAAAAUACAAAAUAUAGAUCAAGCUUUUCAGUGUUGAUAUCAAAUAUCUACUAAAUCCGCAAUACGGAUCAGAUGUGGGUCAAACUUAGUCUAGUCACACUGAGAGUGCCAGUUUGCACCAGAGUGCAAAUGAGAGUGAUUGAGGCACUUUUGAUUGAGAUAUAAUGCAAAAUGUGCACCAAAUGAGCUUUUCAAUAUUAAAUUCAAAUGUCCACAAA